AUGAAAGACGGGAAUCGCGGGAAUUUCCGUUUUGUAGGGGAUUAUUCGAGUCCGCUUUUUCGAGCAGAUUCUUUUACUAGAAUGAUUUUUAAUAUCUUUAGAAUACUAGGGGACCUUUGUCACCUACUCAGCUUUAUUGUCCUCAUUGUUAAAAUCAAACAAACGAAGUCAUGCUAUGGAAUAUCGUUCAAAACGCAGGGACUUUAUUUCAUUGUUUUCUUCUGCAGAUACCUGGAUCUCUACAAAGUCCUUCUCAAUCCUUCCCGGCUGUCAAGCGGUCUGGUUCUCUACAACAGUAUCAUGAAGGUUCUGUACUUGUCCAUGACGCUGUACAUUUGUAACUUAAUGAUGCGCGUGAGUCCCUAUCGAACGACAUACGACAGGAACGGAGAUUCAUACAAGGUCGUAAACUGGGCUAUCAUCCCUGCUGCGGUUCUGGCAUUGAUUUUCCGUCGACACACCGGAAAUUUCAUUCUUGACUAUGCAUGGACGUUCUCCAUCUAUUUGGAGGCGGUUUGUAUCAUGCCGCAGAUCAUCAUGCUCCAGCGCUACAAGGAGAUUGAGAAUCUGACAUCUAACUACGUGGUGCUUCUCGGUCUGUAUCGUUUCUUUUAUAUUCUGAAUUGGAUCAACCGCUACACAACGGAGGGUCGCGCGUUCAACUGGAUCGUUUGGAUUUCGGGAAUUGUCCAGACCAUUCUCUACUGCGACUUCUUCUAUUACUACGCGAUUAGCAAGUGGUUCGGAAAGAAAAUGAGUCUUCCUACAUAA